AUGAUUGGAGGAAGACAUCUACCUUUUUUAGACUCAAGACGUCACGGAGGAAUUGGAGUGCAUAGAGCGCGAGAUUAUUAUCGUCAACUUAUGCGAGGAGUGGAUUUCCUGCAUAACAUUGGCAUAGCGCAUCGAGAUCUCAAGCCGGACAACUUAAUCAUUAAUAGUAAUGGCCUAUUAAAAAUCACUGACUUUGGUAUGGCCACGAAGAUAGAGUUCACCCACACCAAUCAAGAAGUUCCGCUGGAUCGUAUGUGUGGCACUCGUGACUAUAUGUCACCGCAAAUGUUCAAAAAGAAGUACUUAAGCGAUCCGCAUUUCUCAUUAUGGCUAGAGAGGAAACUGCCACGCCCAUUCGACCGUUUGACGCCCGGAACGCUAGACUUCGUCUUUCUCGCUGCUGUGAUUUGUACACAUUUUGAGGUUGUGAGGAUAUCACUCACAGUUACACUUGCAGCCAUUGCAUCAAAGGAACCCAGAAGCCCGAGUAUACGGUCAUGUAACAGCAAUGAAGACGCCGAUCUUAACAGUUAUAGCCCAACAACAUCAGAGGAAUCAGAGCCUCUUCCAAUUCAUUACAACAUCAUCAAAGAUCUAGGAUCUGGAAGCUUUGGAGAAGUUAGUCUGAUUGCCAACCCUCUAAGCCGUAGUGUCGUUUCUGCUCGGAAAAUAGCACUGAAACGUAUUCGUUUGUCAAAAUUGAAUACGAAACAGCUUGAGGAGGUCGAUUAUGAGAUACUUUCAGUGAACAAAGGCGGAAUUGAUCGAAGAAGAGCUGCUAAUUAUUUUCGACAACUCCUCCAAGGUCUCUCCUUUUUACAUGGCCUCUACGUUGCUCACCGGGAUAUUAAACCCGAAAAUAUUUUGAUAGAUAAACGAGGUAAUCUCAAAAUCGCUGAUUUCGGAUUAGCUGAUUGCUAUCGUGAAUCUGACGAUGAACCUGAUCGUCGAUUAUCACGAAUAUGCGGGUCUUAUGAGUAUCUCUCACCACAAGUUUUCAAUACUGACUACAGUGGGCCGAAAAACGAUGUAUGGUCAGCCGGUAUUGUUCUAAUUGUAAUGCUCACCGGUGAUCUUGCUUGGGAUCGAGCUGAUAUCAGUGACACUAACUAUGCUCUAUGGGUAAAUGGUGAACUACCACCGCUUUUGAAGACGUUGGACCAUUCAACUCUAAGUAUAAUCAAUGAUGCUCUCGACAUUGAUGAAAAUCGUCGUCCUACAUGCCAACAAUUAUUAAAGCAUCCAUGGUUACGUACAUCAUCGAGUAAGCUAUUCACUAUGCUGAGCUCAAUGUUUUGUGCCUUCGUAGAAUACCUAAACGUGGAUAUUCCUGAAUGGAUUUAA